AAACUCUGCGAUGAGCGGCUUUCUCGGCAAUGCGAUCGACUUGCCACAAUCCGCGCUGCCGCUCAUGACGCUUUCGAACGUAAUCGCUGUGAUCGCGAUAGUCUCCUGGCCGGCACGACAGCUACUCUCCUGGCCGGCGCAUGUGACUACCCGCCAAAAGUUCACGUGCCCGCUGCGGAGCCCGGACUGAGAACCCCAGCCACUCUCGGUGCGGGAACAUGCGUGUCGCGGUCGUUAUAGGUGGGGUGACCGGCCGGCAGGCAUCUCGCAGCGUCUCGCGUCCGCAAGUGGCUGCCGAAAUAUGUCGGCAGUCGCAGCAGAGGCAGCCAAGGAGGCCGCGGCAGCCGCGGCACUCAGGCUGAGGCGGGAGGCAGCGGCAGCGGCAGCGGCGAGCGCAGUGGCGGAGGCGGAGGCAGCGGCGGUGGCGAGGGAGGCGAGGGAGGCCGAGGCUGCAGUGAGGGAGGCGAGGGAGGCCGAGGCUGCAGCGGUUGCGAGGGAGGCGAUGGAGGCCGAGGUGGCCGCAGCGAGGGCGGCGAUGGAUGCUGCGGUGGCGACCGCGGCGAGGGCUGUCGUGGAGGCUGAGGUGUCUGCCACGAGGGCGGCAAAGGAGGGAGCAGCCUGCAAGAGGGCGGCGGUGGCUCAGCUCGCGAGCUCGCAGGCGCCUCCCGAUAGAUUGCAGCGACCCCUGCGCCGCCACGCACACGGCCCGCUGCGCCGCCCCGCCGCCCUGUCAGGUCCUCCUCGAGCGCGCAGCUAGCGCCUCCGCAGGCCUCUCCGCAGCCGCCGAGGCCGCGGAGAGGGCGAGGCGCGAGGCGUCCUGUGCGGGCGGU